CCUGCUCGAUAGUGCGAAAUGUCAUUCGAUACCGCAUUGUAUUUACGCAAUUGAUUGUUUUUCGCAUUCUGGUGGUGGUUCGUGAUUUACAAUCCCAUCAAGGCAGUAAUGUUGUCCCCAGGCGUAAAAGAACGCAUCGGCGUUGUUUUUGAAGUGGUAAAGACAUCCUUCCAUUGGGGUUUCAUUCCCACGUUGCUGUACCUAGGAUUUCGGAAAGGAUCAGAGGCCGGUAUGCCGCCACUAACAAUAGCAAACUUAUUAUGGUAAUCAGUUCGCUGCUCGGCAUAAGUGAAACAUUCCGAGUGUGUAUCUAUUAAAUGGGAAUAAAUCACUGUUUGCUCUGAGCUAAACAUAACUAAA